CUUACAGCAAGAAGCAGAAAACAGAUAUGAUUCUCUGAACCAGCAAUAUAAAAUGCUAAGGAAUCAGCAUGAGGACUUGGAGCGGGAAUAUGCUUCACUACAGGACCAGCAUGUCCGCCUCGGGGACGAGCACAAAAAAAUUGUGGACCAACAUCUGGACAACUACCAGAAAUUAAAGGACCAAAAGGACACAGAUCUUCAAAGACUCAAAGAGGUCAUUCAGAACUUGAAAGAAAGAAAUGCACAACUUCAGGCAGACCAGGAGGAACUUGUUAAACAGAUUACAAUAUCUCAGGAUGGACAGAGGCGCUUGGAGGGGGAAAAACAGGAGCUGCUACAGCUGAUCAGUGAACAGCGGACAGCUGUGGCUGCUGCCCAGUCCCAGCUGGAACAGCAGCAGGCUGAGCUGGAACAGCAACAAGCUGAGCUGGACAAUCAUGCUGUCGUACAGAAACAGAUGAAGGAGAAACACCGGACAGCACAGGCAGAGCUGGAGCAGAAACUGGCAGGGGUAGGACAGCUCAACGUUGGGCAGAAACAUUUGAUUGGACAGCAACAUCCCCUUCAGCAACAGCACGUAGGACAGCAGCAGGCUGUGCAAAAGCCGCUGAUGAAUAGACAGGAUCAUGUUGCACAGGUGGCUCAGAAACAGCCUGAUUUAAAUUCAAAGCGGUAUGUGCCAGGUGCAGCUGCAGUUCCAGUGGCCUGGCAACGACAGCAGUGGCAGCCGCAGGUGCAGGUGUUGCCACGGCAACAGGUGCCGCAGAAGCAUGUAGCUGGAGCGUACAUGAGAGGGCACCCUGUACGCAGACAACAGCUGCUGCAAAAGGAGACCGCUGAUCAGCCAGGUGCACAGCAGCCAUUGUUUGUGCAGGUGCCAGGUGCAGGUGGGGAUGACCUGGAGGUGGGAGGGGGGCUGCACCCUGGGCUGGACGAGACACACAAACAACUUCUGGAGGCUCAGAAGAGACGACAGGAGCUACAGAACCAGUUCAGGGGUGGCUUGGGAUUGCCAGAUGAAAAUGCCAUCCAGAAAGACAAGCUAGGAGACAAGAAAGACAAUGAUGACAAUCAAAUUAUACACCAAGACGAGUAUCAAGUGGGAAAGGUGGGGAAUGGGGAUGGAAAGGACCUAGAUGACCAGGAUGGCAUUCAGAGUAUGCGAGGAAGAUCAAACUUCAUUGGUCAGCAGCUCGCAGGUGACCAGCAGGACGGAGCAGACCAACUGCUGGCAGGGGGGGACAGGUUACAACCACUUGGAGUCGACCCAGACAAGCAGCUGCAGCUGCAUCAGGUGGAUGAAGGGAACCAGGUGCAGGCUGAUGGCAACCUGCAUCACCCACUGGACGCUGGGAAUGAGGAUGAUGAUGAGGAAAAGAAUGAGGAUGGCAAAGUUCUAGAUCAGGAUGACCUUGAGGACAAGGGUAUGCAGCCCCUGGGCCAGGCUGGGGAGGAGGCAGAGGGUGGACAGGAUGCCCAACCUGGAGAUCAGGGGCCCUUUGCUGUGGGACAGGACAUGGACCAGGACCAACCAGAACAACAGGGGGCAGCACCGCUUGGAAUAGACCAACCACUGGUGAAACAUGAGGUAGAAGUUCUGGUGCCAGGUGGUCAGGAGAGUGACCAACAGAUGAUGCAGGUGGAGAGGCCUGACCAGAACUUACCACAGGUGGCAGUUGAUCAUGAGGUGCAGGUGGACCACCCGUUGGCGGGUGGCGGCCAGGUGGCUGACAACAACAUCCAGCCAGUGGUGCAACUGCCCGACCUCAUGCCAGUACAAAACAGAGAUGGCGAUAAUAUGGCGGACCCAGUAAAUGACGACAACCGCGGCAUGCAAGACGUGGACAAGGACUUUGAUGAUGGUAACGAGGACCAGGCUAACGAUCAGGUGGAGGGGGGUGUGGGUGACGGACAUGGUGACGAUGAUGAUGAUGAUGAUGAUGAUAGAGAGAUUCAUGAUGGCAUAGCCCAGGUCAAGGCUGGCGGUGACAUCAGGCAAAGAGAAGACCAAGAUGAGUUUCAAAACGACCGUGGCUUUGGGAGGAGACAGCCACUUUCACAUCCCCUUAACAGACAUGCUAGAUGAUGGCAUUAGUCCAGCAUUCCACAUAUAACCGCUGCUGUCCAGUCACCCUUGUAUUGAAAGUCUAUUAGUCCCUAUCAGUCCAUAUCUGGUAUAAUUGAUUAGUAACCAUUCUCUGCGUACAUUUGUAGGAGUUGUGUUUUAUUCCUUAGGCCAAAAACAAGUAAAUUUUAUGGAUGACAUUCUGCAGACUCCAAAUUUGACGAGAGAAGGCAAAAAAUAAGAUAUCUGGAAUUUCAAAGUAGACACCUUAAAAGAUUAAACAAUGUAACAACAAGGGAGUUUUUGGUAACAAAUAUUAACAA